AUGGAGACGCUCGUCACCGGUAUGGACCUAGCCUUAGAGUCAGCAAAUCGACUUCGUGCGUACUUUCUGUAUUACAAGCAGCUUCCAAAUCAUUUAACUACCGACAAUUUCCGGAAGGCGCUUAUAAAAAUGUAUGCAAAGGUACUAGCCUUCCUCGCUCAAGCAUUCAAGGUCUAUAAGACAAAACUGUGGUUACGCGGCCUGCGUACAUUCUGGCAGGACAGUACCAUCCGGGACUUGAAGAGGAUGGCGACAAACUCAGUCAGCGACUGGAGAUUGAGGCUUCCAAUUGUGAUAGGUUUAUGUCCGACCGAACAGCAGCAGCGAAAUGGCGAGACGAUUUGUAUGGAAAGUUGGAGAAACUUGAUGGAAUUUCAAGAAUUGAGUCCAAAUUACAAGACCUCAACGUCAACGUCGACCUGUCCAAGCUACCAGUAGUAGCUGGUGCGAAAUACAACUCCAGCGAAGAGUCUCAGCUUACUUCAUGUUUGAAUGGUACUCGUAUUGAUCUCCUUGGCCAAAUCGACGACUGGGCCGAGAACCGAGAAGGGAAAAGCAUUUACUGGUUGUGUGGAGGGGCUGGGACCGGAAAGUCCACAAUCUCUCGCACAGUGGCACAAAGAUUCGAUAAAAAAAAGCAGCUUGGAGGAAGCUUCUUCUUCAAGCAAAGCGACGCUGACCGAGGAAAUGCAGACCGCUUCUUUCCGACCAUUCUUCGUCAGCUGGCCGACCACAUACCGGCUCUUAAACAACCUGUUGCGGAUGCCAUAGAUCAGGAUUCGUCAUUGUGUACGAGCGGCCUCCAGGAUCAAUUCGACAGGCUGUUUAAAGAACCUUUGAUGUCGAUUGAACCAAAACAGCUACCACACCGGUGUAUUGUUAUCGUGGUUGACGCGUUGGACGAGUGUGAUCGGAAACACACAAAGAAGUUCCUGACACUUCUCGCAGGCAUCAAUUCUGUCAGCCGACUUCGUCUGCGAGUCUUCGUAACCAGUCGACCUAAGCAUCAAAUCGAAAUCGGAUUCGAUAUGAUGGACGUGAAGCUGCAUGACGAUCAUGAUCUAGAGAAAGAUCAGGUCGCAAGUAUUGAACAUGAUCUGGAGCGGUAUUUCGACCACGAAUUCCGUUCAAUCCGUACUGAAUGGGCGCAUGGGCCGUAUGAUCCUCUCCCGGACGACUGGCCAUCGCAGAAAGAGAUCCUAGAAUUGACAAUGCUCGCGACUCCACUCUUCAUUAACACUGCGACGGUGUGUCGAUUUGUCCAAGAAGGAGCUUCUCCGCGCAAACGACUCAGCGGGAUCCUAGACCAUAAACAUUUGGUACCAUCAUUACGCCUUCAGGACGACUACUCUCAUCUUCGGCUUAUGUAUUCCCAAAUUUUGAGUGAAGCGACCAGGUCGGAUGACCCAGAGGAGGCAGCCGAGAAGAUUCAAGACUUCAAGAAGAUUGUGGGCCCCAUCCUUAUUGCUGCUGUCCCGCUUUCUGUUGAAACACUCUCUCACAUACUCCAGAUAGAUGCGGAUAAUAUCAGCGCUGUCCUAUCGCCUCUCAAGUCUGUCCUUGACGUCCCGCGAGAUCGAACAAAGCCGGUACAACGCCGGCAUUUGUCAUUUCGGGAAUAUUUGCUUGAUCCCAAGAACAAGGAGGACUUCCGAAUCGACGAGCAAGCAGUACACGCGCAGUUUGCCCUCCAGUGCGUACAAUUUCUUCUGGAUUCCAAAGCACUUCGACAAGAUAUUUGCGACGUGAAACAUCCUGGCUUCAAGCGCCGAGACAUCACAGAGACAAAAGUUGCGGAAUGCAUUCCUCCACAUGUCGCAUACGCGUGCAUGUAUUGGGCCAAUCAUCUUGCCGCGGGUCAGGUACCAACACUCGACGGCACUGAGCUCGUGUAUGAGUUCUUAACGACACAUUUCUUGCAUUGGCUUGAGGUCAUGAGCUGGCUGGAAAAAUUUAGGCUUGUUAUCUCUUCUAUAGAAGAAAUGAUUGGCAUCACAAAGGCAAAUGUCCGUAGCAGCAUAGUUCCGUUUCUCUUCGAGGCCCAACAAUUCGUCCUCAGGUUUCGCUUUCUCGUCGCAAACUCCCCUUUGCAGGUAUACUAUUCUGCCUUGAGAUUAGCUGCAACGCAAAGCGUGAUCUCGAAAUUGUUUCGUACCGAAGACAUGUGGGAACUACUUCCGGAUGCAGACUCACAUUGGGGUUCUGAUUUUCUUGUGCUUCACGAGCAUGAGGAUAGUAUUCGUGGAUUCUCUUUCGCUCCAGACGAAAAAUCUCUCGCAUCUUACUCGUGGGACAGAACCGUGCGAAUAUGGUCCAUCAACGGGGAGCAGUUGUAUGUUCUCGGACAUGAUGAUUACAUCCACGCAAUAGGGUACUGUCUCGAGGGAGAGUUUCUCGCAUCAGUUGAUAUGAGAGGCAAGGUUCGGUUCUGGGACAUAACCACCGGAGAGACUCGGUGGAGUUUUGAGCUUGGCGGCUGCUUCAGUGCUGCAAUUUCAUGUGAGGGUCGCAUCGCAUGGAUAGACCGGCACGGUACGCUCUGGCUAUGUGACCAUAAAGGUGGUCAAAAACGAAUGCUCCCAAACCCAGAUGAAACUGGCAGCGCGUGCAAAAGCGAUGCUUCGGAAAACUCUGCUAGUCAUGGUGAUCACGAUGCUGCCGAUGGUAAUAAUGCCGCCAAAGUGGUCGUCAAUAAGUCUGCUGAUGUUUCCGCGGAUCAAGGGAACGAUCAGUCUGCGAAUGAAGCUACCAAUGAUUCGGAUACUAAUUACUAUAGAUUGUCUUGGGUAGCGUCAAUGGCAUUCUCCCCUGAUGGUCAGCUCGCAGUACGGGGAGACGCCGGACAGCUCAUCCUGUGGAAUGCGACCACCGUCAUCGAGGUACACAACAUUUUCAUCAAACUUCCGCGCUAUUCCGAACCACUACCGUUAAUGAAAUUUUCCUCAAGCGGCAGGGAGCUCGCGACGUACGACUUUUGGCCUCAAAGUGUCUGUAUAUGGUCGUGGACGGGGGCAGUCGUAAGCUACGGAGGUGUACAGGUGUGGGAUACAAACGCAGAUGUGCUGCUACAGGAGUGGCACGGUCACACAAAUUACUGGUGUCCGGUCCAAUACUCACCGGCGGGACAGCUUGUCUCGGGCGCCUCCGACGGCUCAAUUCGAUUCUGGGCCAAAACAUCGAUGAAUAGACCACCAGAGGCGAAAGGACAGCUAGGAUUGCGAGAAAGCGAGGUAAUGUCUUACGCUGUGUCGUUGUGUGAACAAAUUGUGGCAACCGGCCACCUGAACGGAGAAGUUCGAACAUGGGACACGCAAACAGGGAAAGCACUGAAGUUCUUUUCUGGACACAACAAACUUGUGCAUGAGGUGGCCAUCUCUCCGGAUUGCAAUAUAGUCGCAUCUGGAUCAUCUGACGAUACUGUGCGACUGUGGAGUACGCGGACAGCGGAAGAGUUACAAUGUUUUCGAAGACAUACGGGCGGGGUGCAAGUGGUCAAUUACUCCCCAGACGGAAUAAUCAUCGCUUCAGCGGGCUCGGCGUCGGGUCAUGAAAGCACGAUACUGCUGUGGAAUGUCCAAACCGGCGAGGUGUUGCACGAGCUUCCAGUGGAACUUGAAAGGAUUGUGCGCUCACUUGCAUUUUCGCCCGAUGGAGUUUUCGUGGUGUCGGGUCUUACCAAAGGAAAAGCUCUGCUCUGGAAUGCACAUACAGGUGCAUUGCUGCGUCAACUUCACAGUGGCGAAAGUUCCCCUUUCAGCGAGGUAACCAUGAGUUGUAAAAAGGUCAUUGCAAUCGGAGUUCAAGGGCGGUGGCCCGUACAGCUGUGGGACGGGGAAUCAGGAGAGUUGUUGCUAAAACUUUGGGCCGAUGACAACUCCCCUGGACCUAGCUGUUUGGAAUUCUCAACCGAUGGGGAAACUCUCCGUACGCAUGCAGGGUCCUUCAACCUUAAAAAUGCUUUCCCACUGACAGGUCAAUCCCCCGUGAUUCAACUAGCCCCGUUGCGCCUGAACAAGCAAGGGGAUAUGAUACAGCAAGACGGCGUCGAUAUGCUCUGGCUUCCUCCCCAGUACAGGCCUUGUCAUUCCAGUGUUUUGGCCUUCGGAAAGACCAUUGCCAUUCCUACUUACUCAAGAGGUAUGGCAUUUUUCCGCCUGAAAUAGCGAAGUUCACGGACAAAGUUACUGUUGAGCUCGGUGUUUUGAUCCACUCGACAUCAUUCUCAGCAACCAUAUGAUCACCGGUAAAAGUCGCGAGCAUGCCGAUAUAUACCCUCAAUCCCAUUCUGUCCCGAUGAAGCAGGUCUGGAUAGGCC